AUGAGUUCCUAUCAGUUCGUAAACUCGCUGGCGUCGUGCUACGCGGGACAACAGCCGCAGCAACAGCCACGCGCCACCGCGAAUUCCCCUGGUGAACCGAUGCAGGCGGCUUCGCCAGCAGGCGGGGACUAUUACAAUCCGAAUGCAGCGGCGACGAGUUACCCGACGCCCUGUUACUCCCCUCAGCAGCAUUAUCCUCAGCAUCCUUACGCGACACCUGCGUCCGGGAUGCAGCACACCGCGCCCACUGGUAUGAUCGACUACACGCAAUUGCAACCGCAGCCAAGGCUCAGCGCGACCGCCACGUCGCAACAGCACAGUUUGCACGCGCAACAAUCGCAGCAUCAUCCGCCACCGCAUCAUCCCCAGCAACAGCUGCAGCACCAGGACCCGACGACGCCGCUUCUCCAGGCGGCAUCAGCGCCCACGGCACCGUCCACGUCGAGCUGCAAGUACGCCGACUCGACGUCCUCCACCAGCGUAGCGUCGCCCCAAGAUCUGACCACGUCCACGUCCAGGAACAGUCCCACGCCUCUGGUCGCGCCAGGCACCAGCAAAGCCGCGUCAGGUCUAACCUCGCCGCCUGGAAGCUCCUCGAGGUCAUCGGUGGCCGCGUCAGCCGCCUCACCGCCGAGCGGAAGCUCCAGACCAGGCCCAGAAGGAAGUUCAACGUUGACCACAGCCUCGUCAGCUUCGUCGCCGGCGUCCUCGACCUCCAGCACGUCCAGCACCGGGAACAACUCGUCGAACAAGUCGAACGCCACCGGUAGCAAUCCACCGCAGAUAUACCCGUGGAUGAAGAGGGUGCACAUCGGACAGAGCACGGUGAACGCGAACGGCGAAACGAAGCGGCAGAGGACAUCGUACACCAGGUACCAGACCCUCGAGCUAGAGAAGGAGUUCCACUUCAACCGUUACCUCACGAGGCGGCGUCGCAUCGAGAUCGCGCAUGCCCUCUGUCUGACGGAACGUCAGAUAAAGAUCUGGUUCCAGAAUCGGCGGAUGAAGUGGAAAAAGGAGCACAAGAUGGCGAGCAUGAACAUUGUACCGUACCACAUGUCGCCGUACGGCCACCCUUACCAGUUCGCGCCCCACCCAGGCCAGUUCGCUCACUUGGCCACAUAG